UUUUGCAUCUCUUCUCUAAUGUCCAUUAAUGUUUUUGCAGUUUUUUACUGAGGAAAUGAAAUAGAGGAGAGAGAAAGUGAAAAAGAGGAGAGAGAAAAUCAUAUAGAAGAAAAAAGUAUUGAGUUUGGAGGUGACGUUACAUUUAUUGGGUGAGGGUGGGUGUAUUGGGUAUGAGUGGUUGUAUUGUUGUUUCCGUGUUUUUUAGUUUUAGGGUUUUUUUUUUUAAUUGGGUUGUGUGUAAUUAGGUUUUUGGGCUGCAUUGUUACACCUAUCUAAGGUGCACAAGGGUGCACCUUAGACUAAUUGGACCUAAUAGGCUAGUAGUAAUGGACUAAUGGGUCUACACAAUAGUCACUGCUCACUACUCGCUAAGUUGCUGCAGCACUCUACAACGGAUUAAUCGGCCCAAUUCUCGCUCCAACAAAAUGAAUUUAAAAAAUAAAUAAUAAUAAAAAAAUAAAAGUAUUACGGAGUAAAUAACAAAUUAUAGAAAAUAGCUUGAAAAUCAAUGGAAAUUAGACCAGCACAAAACAACAUAAGGAAAACAGGAGAGAGAAAAACACCUUCUCCAUUUCCAAAUUCUGUGUCCUUAAAUUAUUAUUACAACGCAACGAUUAGAUCUUCAAAACCCUAGAUUUCGAUCUUCCAAAUCCUACAUUGUUUUGAUCCUAAAUUUUCCCCAAUUUUUGGUCCACCAACACAAAAUUCAAUUUUUCCUGCACAAUCAGAUUCAAUUAGUUUACAAUUGCCGCUUCAAUUUUUUGAAAAUUUGACAUUCAUCAUUGCUCGAAUUUUAGUUUGAUCAACAAUGGCGAGAUAAUCUGCAUUUUUGUUGAACAUUUGUUUGUCAUUUGAUUCGACGAACAGCGGAGUAAGAGAGAGAAAGAGGAGAAACGAGUUGACAUUUUGAGGAAUUUGACAAUGUCGUCGUUGUCGGCGAUUAGCGAGGAGCUCGGCGAGAUUGACGGACAAAUCAAUGAUAUUUUUCGUGCAUUAUCAAAUGGGUUUCAAAAGUUGGAGAAGAUCAAGGAUUCCAGUAGACAGAGCAGGCAACUGGAAGAGCUCACGGAUAAGAUGCGAGAGUGUAAAAGGCUUAUUAAAGAGUUUGAUAGAGAGGUGAAGAAUUUGGAAAGCAGGAAUGAUCCAAACACCAGCAAGACAUUGAAUGAGAGAAAACAGUCUAUGAUCAAGGAGCUGAAUUCAUAUGUUGCUUUGAAAAAGCAAUAUGCUUCCAAUCUUGAAAAUAAACGAGUUGAACUAUUUGAUGGGCCUAGCGAAGGGGUAGGAGAGGAAAAUGUUUUGUUAGCAUCCACUAUGACAAAUGAGCAGCUGAUGGAUCGUGGAAACACAAUGAUGGAUGAAACUGAUCAAGCCAUUGAUAGAGGAAAAAAGAUUGUUCACGAGACAAUUAAUGUAGGAACAGAAACUGCAGAAGCUCUUAAAGCCCAGACUGAUCAAAUGAGUAGGAUUGUUAAUGAACUGGACUCCAUAAAUUUCUCGAUCAAGAAAGCUUCGAAGCUAGUCAAGGAAAUCGGUCGACAGGUUGCUACUGAUAAAUGUAUCAUGGCCUUGCUUUUCCUCAUAGUGCUUGGAGUCAUAGCCAUCAUCAUUGCGAAGAUUAUAAACCCACACAACAAAGACAUCCGAGAUAUUCCUGGAUUAGCUCCACCGGCUCAAUCACGAAGACUGCUUUCAUUUCCAAACUGAAGUUCCUACCAAAGAAGAUGCUUCCUAGGAUUCUUACUUUGGUCUUUUGCUAUCUUAUGAGCCGUGUGAAAGACUUUGACUGCACCAAGGUCUUUUCGGAACCCGAGUAAUUUAGUCAAGAAUAUGUUCAUAUUGGCGGUACUUUGGCCUUUGUAAUAUAUUUGAUUUGGAGCCUUACUUAACAACUUGCCAAGAAUAUAUUCCAGCAUACAUCAACAAACUUUCUUUUGUAGGGUUCAGUGUAAGUGAUGCUGUCAAAAUAUUAAUUAUUCCUGUAAUCCUAUGUUUGUAUUAGCGUGAAA